UAGUCAACACGCCGCAUACGUCAUAUCCGGUCUUCGCCAACGCUGUCAAAGCUAGCAUACGCGCAGAUUUACUUGACAGUACGUUACACUUUUGAGGAAAUAUAAGCUGGUAGUUUAAUUUUAACACGACGCGAUUGAUUCUCUAAAGGUUUGUGAAUAUGCUUCUAAUGUUCAGUAUCUCUGCAGUAGCUGCGUGUAUCGGAUAAUUUGACUUCAAAACAGCAGCCGAAGCUAAGGGCACGUUGUCUUUUUUGUCAGGCAGACAACGCUUAAACUGGGUCACUCGGUCAAGAAACGGUGUCUUGCUUUAGCACAGAUUUAAGAAAAGAAACCCAUUGAUCCCGCAGUGAGGAUGCCAUGCCACAAUCAGCAACUGAACAAUGUCAACAGUGGGCAGGAGCACCCAAUGAAGCAAGUACGAUUUGCAAACAACAACAACAACAGCAGCAGCAGCAGCAGCAGCAGCAGUAGUAGUAGUGUGCCUGCAGUGCUGUCCAACUCUGAACCAACUGAUGCCACCAUACAGGCUGACAGCAGCCAAGAUAACGUGGGACCUCAGCUUAAACUGCUCCCUCUGAAUGACCAGAUCCGUGAAUUACAGACCAUAAUCAGAGACAAGACAACCAGCAGAGGAGACUUUGUGUUUUGUGCUGAUCGACUGAUCAGACUAGUAGUUGAAGAGGGUUUGAAUCAGCUCCCCUACUCGGAGUGCACUGUGACCACACCAACAGGGUAUAAGUAUGAAGGUGUCAAGUUUGAAAGAGGCAACUGUGGAGUCAGCAUAAUGAGGAGUGGUGAGGCCAUGGAGCAGGGUCUCCGGGACUGCUGCCGCUCCAUCCGCAUUGGAAAGAUCCUCAUCCAGAGUGAUGAGGAGACACAGAAAGCCAAGGUCUUCUAUGCCAAGUUCCCUCCAGAUGUGUACAGAAGAAAAGUGCUGCUUAUGUACCCCAUCCUUAGUACCGGGAACACUGUGAUCGAGGCGGUGAGAGUGCUGAUCGAGCACGGAGUCCAGCCCAGACAUAUUAUCCUCCUCAGCCUCUUCUCCACGCCUCAUGGAGCCAAAUCUAUAAUCCAAGAGUUCCCCGAUAUCACCAUCUUGACCACGGAGGUCCAUCCAGUGGCUCCGACACAUUUUGGACAAAGAUACUUUGGCACCGACUGAACCGAAGACAACCUGUGGAACAUGACCUGCAAAUAGUUUUGAGUAUAUUUUGUCUUGUUUAUUUAAAUGCAUCUCAUGUUCUCCUUGUUGUGCCAAAUACUGCUACUUGAUCUCCAAAGUUCCUAAACUGAUACAAAAUGAUUAAUCCGAUCGAUUGUAUUUAUUGUGGUGUAUACUCGUGCUAAAGAAAACACUGAACCAUAUAAAGAGUUCAACUUGGAUCAAUUUAUUUUGCAUGUUACAACAACUGAUGGAAAAUAAAGAAUUUAUAUGUGUUAAAAGACAGAACAGCGAAUGAAACAGUAUCAGUACUUUUGGUGUUUCAGAGGUGUUAAAAAAAAAAAGGGACGCGCCACAAUCACAUACUCCAAAGACGAUUCAAAAGGGACCAUACUGUAUGUGCUCUAGCCGUAUUGAACUCCUGUCUGCAAACUGGGUAUGAUUUGUCAUCUUCUCAUGUUAUAAAUAUCCUACUAUUUGAUAAAAGCACAUUGCUUCAAUAGUUUAUUUCAAGUCACUUGAUGGAGCAAAAUAUACAGACACCGCCUGCAGCAGUUAUGAAUCAGUGAACUCAA